CUUCUCCCGCGAGGAGCUUCUCUCCAAGUGGCGGGAGCCGCGGCUAUGGAAGGACAGGAAGAGAAAGCGGCGCAGGUUGCUGCAUGGUUGAAAAAAAUAUUUGGAGAUCACCCCAUUCCGCAAUAUGAGGUGAAUCCUCGGACCACGGAGAUUUUACAUCACCUUUCAGAACGCAACAGACUCCGGGACAGGGAUGUCUGCCUGGUAAUAGAGGACUUGAAACAGAAAGCAAGCGAAUAUGAAUCAGAAGCCAAGCAUCUUCAAGACCUUCUCAUGGGAAGUGUGAAUUUUUCCCCUGCCAAUCUGUCUGACGCUGGUUCUAGGUACCUGAAUGCUUUGGUUGACAGUGCAGUGGCCCUUGAAACAAAGGAUUCCUCACUAGCUAGUUUUAUUCCUGCAGUGAAUGAUUUGACGUCUGAUCUUUUCCGUACCAAAUCCAAAAAUGAAGAAAUCAAGCAUGAAUUGGCAAAACUUGAAAAAAAUCUAACUGCAACUUUAGUGUUAGAAAAAUGUUUACGAGAGGAUCUAAAGAAGGCAGAGUUGCAUCUGUCUACGGAAAGGGCCAAAGUUGACAAUCGUCUUCAGAACAUGGAUUUCCUAAAAGCAAAGUCGGAGGAGUUCAGACUUGGAAUCAGAGCUGCAGAGGAGCAGCUUUCCGUCAGAGGCAUGGAUGCUUCUCUGUCUCACCAGUCCCUGGUAGCCCUCUCAGAGAAACUGGCAGAACUAAAACAACAGACUAUACCUUUGAAGAAAAAAUUGGAAUCCUAUUUAGAUUUAAUGCCGAAUCCGUCGCUUGCUCAGGUGAAAAUUGAAGAAGCAAAGCGGGAACUAGAUACCAUUGAAGCUGAGCUUACAAAGAAAGAUUUUGCUGCCAUUCCUUGUGAUCUGACCUGCUUGCCUUCAGUUGUUAAUAUAUGCAGGAAUUUAGUUUAUGAAAGGGACUACUACCUUUUAAAUCAGUAGUGGAGAGAUAGAUAAUUCAACCCUUGGUGCUAUAUCCUUACUUCAUGCCUUACAGCAAGAUAAUCCCAAGGAUCAAAGAUUUAAAUGUUAAAAAAAAAAAAGAUAGUAAGAGAAACUGGGGAGAAGAUUUAAUGUUUUGACUUUUAAAUAAUUAUAGGGUCAGUAACAGAGGACCCAAAUCCAGGAGCUGUAAAUGAAAUGAUAGAAAUAUUUGAAAAUUUGGAUUAAAAAUUCCUACAUGACAAAAUCUUUCAUAAGUAAAAUCAAAGGCCAUUACAAUUGUGGUAUAGGGAAAAAGAAGAAAUUUUGCAUUGUGUUCCUUUUUGUACUUUGAAAAAUUUUGUACUAUGUGAUUAAGAAACAACCAGUUAAAUUUUUAAAAAAGAAGAAAAUGAAACAAUGAGGGGUUUUUUUUUUGCAAUCAGUUUUUUUAAAGAUUAGCUAUAUGACCUUAAAAAUGUCCUCCUCCUUUCCCACAAAUAUGUGGAAAUGCAAAAUACUAAAGAUACUAUAUUUUCUUUUUUGAAAACUGUCCAUAUUAUUUAGCCAUGUAGGUAUAGUGAUAUUGUCUUUAUCUUAACAAUUUAUAGGAGCCCCUUGUGUAUUAGCUAAGUUAAUCUUUUGUGAUUUGCAUUGUAAAUAUUUUUCCCAAGUUUGUCAUUUGUCUUUUGACUUAAUUCCAGUGUUUUUGGUAAGGCAGCUUGGAUUGAUUGUGGAAAUGAUAAUCCCUCCUAUCCCUGGGCACUCACCCUUUGUGUGGUGACUCUGCCACUUCUCCCAUCCAGAGAUGAAGUCUGUAUCUCCACCUCUUCUAUUGCCUUGGCCUUGUGAUUUGUUUUAGACAAUUAGACAACAGCAAAUGUAACAGAAGCAGGGGAUUAAAAACUGUGUGUUAGAGCUUGCCCUGUCUUGUGGCUCUGGAAUUCUGAAACCACUGUGCAAAGAAGGUUGAACUGUUGGAGGAUGAAAAACUACAUGGAUGAGAAACAAGUAAUUCCAGCCAAGCCCCGCCCGCACCCAAGACCAAGCCAGCUGCCAACUGCCAACAAUCUGAAUGGGGUCUUGGACUGUCUAGCCCCAGUCAAGCCACAAGCAGGCUACAGAGAUCAACCUGGCUUGGGCCAGAAGUCCACGCAGUCAACCCAAAGUAUCAUAAGAAAUAAUAAAUGAUUAUUAUUUGAAGCUUA